UCUCUCAAGCAUGGAGAACGCUGCAAACGAUGAUGCAAAUCAAAAAGAAGCUCCUCAUCUUGUUGCGUUGUUGAAAGAAAUGAAGGAAGGACUCGACACCGUGAAUCGCAAAAUCCAAUCCUUAACUGCCAAGGUGAAAGAGGAUCAAUAUCCUACAGCAGAUGGGUUCAGUUAUCUUGAAGCUAAAAAUUUGCUGCUUUUGAACUAUUGCCAAUCCCUUGUUUACUACUUGUUGCGCAAGGCGAAGGGGUUUUCAAUAGAAGAACAUCCAGUUAUUAGAAGCAUUGUAGAGAUAAGAUUAUUUUUAGAAAAGAUUCGGCCAAUUGACAAAAAACAACAAUACCAAAUUCAGAAACUCAUGAAAGUUGGUGAAAAUGCCACUAGAAGUGAGAUUCCAAGUGAGAAGGAGGGGGUUGCAUCUGAUAAGGCUGAGGAUGUGUCAAAGUAUCGCCCGAAUCCUGACAUGCUUGUUAGCAAAUCGGAUUUAGCAGCUCAGGAUGGUGAUGAUGUAUAUCGUCCUCCGAGAUUCGCCCCUGCUUCCAUGGAGCUAGAGAGAACUUCAAAGCAAGAAAGGAAUGCCUUGAGAAGGGAAAAAGAGAUUUUGAAACAAGCUAAGCAAAGUCAUUUUAUCAGGGAAUUGAUGGAUGAUAUGGAUGAAAGACCUGAGGAGGUAAGAGAAUUUGAGGGAAAUAGUAAAGAAGUUGAUAGAUAUAUUGCCAAGAUGGAUGAGCGUGCUCAGCAAGAGGAAGAGUUGUUCACUCGUGUUCCUCUAACAAGACAGGAGAGGAAGAGAGAGAAAUACUUGAAGAAAUCAAGAAAUGGGAUGCAAGGUCUUACAGAAAGUUUCUUUGAUGAAAUUAAGUCAUUACCCUUUGAAAAUAAAGGUGGUGAGGAUAUAAUGGGCUCCAGUAAGGGUGGCAGCAGAAAUGGGAAGCUAAAGAAGCGAAAGAGGAGACAUUGAAUAAACAACAAAAGGCACACGUCCUAAACAAAACUGCUAUCUGGGAAUUGGAAAAAGUAAUUCUAGUUUCAACGUAAAGGAAUCUAUGGCGGAAAGAGCUGGUCUUGGAGAAUUUUUCUUCUUUUAGUUUGAUUAUUUUGUUUCAGAUGAGGGAGUGGAGCUGUGUUCAAAGUGGGGUUAGAUUUUAGUAUUCCGUACUCCUUUGUUGUAAUUCUUAUCAUCAUCGUCAUCAUCUUUAUCUAAAUUGAAAGGUAGGAUUGGAUACUUAGUUUAUUGGGAGAGUCAAUAGACUGCAACAGAAAUGAAAUGAGUGUUUCUUUUAUUUUUUA